AUGCUAGUCGACGGGAGCAGUUCAGUUCUGAGAGUAGUGCCGACGUGUUCGCUCAGUUUCAAUUUUUUAUUGUGCUUUUGUACGGAUUAUAAGGAUUUACAACAAAAUAUUGAUGAUGGAGUUGUUACCCGCGUUUCCACCACCAAUGACUACAAGUGCCUCGUGUGUUGCAUGCAAUUCUCCGGUGAAACACCAAUACUGCAACACCUGGGGGGCAAACAGCACAGAGAAGCAGGAGCCCGAUACAUGCUUGCCGACGCCCGGAGAGAAUGUGCUUCUCUCAAGUGCCUAAUCAAGCCUGCGGUCCUGGCAGCCGCAGAGAAGGGCGAGUUCCAGGCCUCAGAUGCAGGAUACAGGUGCAGCAUCUGCGAAGUUACCUUUAGUGGAGUGGCGCCCUUAGAAGAACACCUUAACAGCAAAAGUCACAAAAAACACUCCGUUAAUGACAGUCACGUUUUGCGUCCGUUCCUCGAGGACGGCGUGGUCAGCCGAGGCGCCUCUAGCAACAUCUUGCGCUGCUUCGUGUGCGGCGUGGAUCUGUCAGGGCAGGCCUCCACGCUGCAGCACCUGGAGGGCAAGCAGCACCGGGAGGCAGGAGCCAAGUACGUGCUCAGUAACCCGUGGGACAGUCGAGCGACGCUCACGAAGCUUGUCAAACCGACGAUCAUUGCAGCCGCACAAGAAAACGUGGUGCAAGUUGUCGACACGGGAUUCAGGUGCGUCCGUUGUAAAGUAACCCUUCUUAGUCUGACGCCCUUGGAGGAUCAUCUGUCCAGCAGCGGUCACAAGAAUAGCCAUUCUGAUGAAGAUACGAUGGUUUUCCAGCAUCCCGAUUUGCGCCAGUUCCUAGAAGAGGGAAUCGUUAUUCAGUGUUAUCCAGGCAACAUCUUCAAGUGCUCUGUGUGCCACGUCAACCUAACCGGCGAGACGCCAACCCUGCAGCACGUGGAGGGAAAGCAGCACCGUGAGGCAGGCGCCAGGCAUCUCCUCGCCAAUCCGAAGGACAAGCGAGCCUCCCUGAGGACUCUCGUCAAGUCCAUGGCGAUUGCAGCCGCUGAAAGUGGUGUGAUCGAAGUGUCAGAAGUAGGAUUCAAGUGUAACUCUUGUGCUGUGACUCUCAGUGGAGUUGCACCAUUAGAAGAGCACUUAGUAAGCAAUAACCACAAGAAACGUAUUGCUCAAGAUCAGGUUCCUAAAUCAUCUGAAGCAGUUAGUGAGCUCGAAACAGCCUUUGAGAAAAAACUGAUAAUUCGGCCAGUUUCCGCUGCAGCGCCCACGCCUUCACAAGGCACCAGAGAUAAAAGCAAGUAUGUGUAUUCUGUGAUAUCUGAGCCCCGUGGCCUUGUCUACGUCUUCAAUUACACUUUCAAAGGCCAAGGAAACCUGCAACGGAAUGGGGCUCAUCUGGAUUCCGUUAACAUCCAGAAGACAUUCGAGAAGCUGGGUUACCAAGUCACUGUGCUGGAGGACUUGACGGGAGAAGAAACCUUCGAACAAUUAAAGAAAAUACGGGAAAACCCAGAACUGAAUGGUGUGGACGCACUGAUCAUCUUUAUCCUAAGCCACGGGGUAGAUCCUUACACCUUCAUGGCCAAUGACGGCACGGAAGUGAAUCUGCACAGUAUUCGUUUCGGGUUUUCCGACCGCAAGUGUCCCUACAUGAGGAGUAAACCAAAGAUCUUUUUCGCCAACUACUGCAGGGCCGACCGGAUGGAGCGGCGAGAGCUGAAGGAGGAGGAGGAACCAAGUGACAUGGCUACCAUCCACGCAGCCGUCGAGGGCGUCUUAGCCAAGAGAUCUCCAGACUUCGGUACGGUGUUCGUCAAGAGCCUCUGUGACGUCCUGGACAGCUACGGCCUCAGCUUGAACCUGAGGGACCUGUACAUCGAGCUCUGGUGCGAGAUGAAGCAGAACGAAGGAACCAAGCCGAUGUGGGAGGACUACGUGUUCAAGAACUUCUUCCUCGGUCCAUGCUGAUGGCCGUCACUCGGACCGGUUGCUUGAGAGAAACUGCAGAUGGGUUUACUUGUCUUUGCUUCUGAUCUUAUUUGUUAGAUAAGAAAUAGUAGAAUAUAAAUAGAUAUGUAAAA